GUCGCUUGUCUGCGUUCGUCGGUUGCGGUCGUUCUAGCGGAGUUCUCUCUUCCCGUUGACUUCUAGUGCUGUUUUGCCGUUUAUGUGCUUUCCCACACGGAUGAAUAUUUAUGAAAAAAGACCAGCUGAGUAAGAGAUUGGUCUUGGUGUCUCAUAUCUUGUUACAGUGGAUUUUUUGUUGUUGUUGGUGAAUGGGGGCCAGCCAGCACAUUUCAUAAAGCUGCCAAAAUUCUUCGGGUCUGGAGAUUUGGAUUGUGGUUCGACAUGGGUGGUGUCGGCGAUGACGUGUGAUUGAACGGGCUGAGGGUGGCGGGCCCAGAAGUAAGAAUAACAUCACUUCGAUGAAACACUUUUUUUUGUGGAAAUUGUGUGAAGUAUCGUGCGGUGCGCGUUGAGGGUCGCAUUGGAUGGAUACCCUUCUGACUGGGCCGGUCUUCGUGGAAGUGCCAGAAGAAGAGCCGUUGCUCAUAGCAAACAUUUGUCUGGAAACCAGGAGGGUGGCCGACGAGGGGAGCGGCUAUUGAUUUCUGAACUUCAUUCGUUAGAAGAUACUUACUAUCUUCGGUGCUUUGUGCUCUAGCCGGAAACGAGGGAUUUAACAGUGCGAAUCCUUAAGAUCUUGAUGGUUGAUAAGUUAGAGGUUCGUUAGUGGGUUGGCGAUGUAGGUUGACGAGGUAUGAGACAGGAAGAAAAUUUAUCGAAUUAUAGCCGACUACAACAGCGGGAGAUGUGAGAAAAUAUGAAGUGAAUCUUGUUAUAAAUUCGUUACCCCUCGUGGAAAGUUUGCAAUUUCCGUCUACAAAUGCUGUUUCGUCAGAUUGCUUACGGUUAUAAUCCACAUAAAUUCUGAUUACGUGCGAAGCCUUCCCGUCUUGCUGUGUUUAGUGCUUGGGCCGGCUUCAUUCAUAUUUUGCAACCCAUUCAGAGUAAGAAUUGGCAGAUGAGCCAGGUGGAUGUGUAUGUAAAACGCUCAAAAGAAAAAGGUGAAAAUUUCUGUUUUUUAUUCGACGAGCACUCCCUAUGUGCUCCGCUGUGUUUUGUGUUUGUGAUCUCAUAAAAUUGUAAUAACAAGAAAAUGAAAUUCAUACGUCGGAGCAGUUACUGAGCUGAAAAACGUGCAAAACUACGAAAGAAGAAGCACGACGAUAAAAUACAAUUACUACCCAAUGUGAUACAUGGAAGCGGAUGAUUAAUGUUAUAUCGUUUGGUCCGUUCCGGAGAAGCGACCAUCAGUGAAAAACAUAAAGGAUACGAAAUCAAUUUAAUUUCAUGAGCGUCCUGCAACCGUACGGAAAUUGGAUCCUAGAAAAACAUUUGCGUUCCGUACCUACACCAUGGUCCCGGACACUACUGUUGUAGGCCAGCUCGGUUGGUGGUGGCUCCAGGCAUUCCCAUUCCCAGUUGUGGAUGAAAAUUUACUCUUGCUUUGAAGUACGCGCACGGUGCCGGAUCACAUUCAUUGCUGCAGCAGCAAAUUACCGGCCGUUUACAGCUCGGAAAAGUCCACGCUUUUCUAACGACAAACGAGCUGGUCUGAACCCAUUGCUUGGAACCAAACCAGUAGCGGAAGAAAAACAUCGCGAGUGCUCGUAAACGGUGACAGAGCUGCUGUAAUUAUAGCCCAAGUCCGGUUUCCUUUCGAAAGUCGGUCGAGAUUUUAUGGAGUUGGAAUGUUCCGUUUCAUCGUAGACGCCGCCGGGGUGGAAAUUUGGACUCACCCCGUCUCUCGGCGUACCUAAGUACACAUAAUAUCACGAACGUCGGAAGAAAUAGGAUUGCGAUAAUAAGGUUCUUCUCACAUUACAAAUGGCACCGCUCCGCCGCUGGAUGUAGGAGACGAAGUUUUCUUCGCAAAGAUCGGAUUAGAGUGUCGCCGAACGGUUUCCUUUCAGACUAAAUUUCGGAAUAAUAACGGCCCCAUAAAAGUCUGAGUGCAAACAAGACGGAAGGGAGUUUUGAAACAUUUUUCUUUGACAUUGUUCUUCAGUCGUUGGUGUUUGUAGUGCGGUUGUGCUAUUUUCCCGGAAAAACGAACGAACCGGUUGACCUAAGGCAUCGUGAGGCCCAGUCUGUAGCAGUGGAGGCGCGCAAAUCUUAGCUUCAAGCACUGUCGACAAAAAGCGGGCCUCAUAAGACAUUUUGUAGUUAUUGCGCAAUGUGGAUUCAAACAUUCUUCAGCAUUGCACUCAGCCGGAUUUUGGAUAUAACAGCCUUCUCCAUAAACACAGAUAAUCAGCUUUUUGGUCCUCACAUAGACUUAAAUUACGGUAGCUGUACGGUAGGAAAUACAACAUACUUUCACGGUGAAACAUUCAAAUUGGAUUGCCGAACACAAUGCGUCUGUCAGAACGGAAGGCAUGCAUGUUCGACCCUUUGCCCGCACGAGAAUUUGCCUCCGCCCAACGACACUGCGAUCUGCUUCGGGGCCAGACUGGUGGAGCUUCCGGAUCAUUGUUGCCGGGUGUGGCUGUGCGAGCAGCCAACUACCGAUGUGAACGCAACUUGCUAUAACUCGUCCACAACGCUGUGGUCACCGUGUUCACAGAGCUGCGGCAUCGGAGUCUCCACCAGGAACAUAACCACGACGCCGGGCUGCCAGCGGCUCAGCACUGUCAGGCUCUGCGAGAACCACAAAUGCAACCGACAGGACAAUAACUACUACAGCGGCAUCGUUAAUGAUUACGGGGACGGUGACGGUCUGACGGUGGUGGGGGGCGAUGGCCGCGAUAUCAGUGACAGCAGCAAAAAGUACAGCCACGAGGACCGCUUUUCCCUUGCUAAUAGUUUGCUGUUGAUGAGCGAGCCGGAACAUCGCAGAAGGAGAGGACACCAAUGCCGAAGCAUUCAGCGAACGUCCUCCUCUCGGCUUCGGUUGGGGCCAUGCGUUUCCCGGAAGUUGUACCGGCCGAAGAGCUGCGGCCAUUGUCAGGAUGCAACCAUGUGCUGUGUGCCUUCAAUAGCAACAACCAUUCAGGUUGAGCUACUUUGCCCACUCAAUUCGGGCGACCCGUUCGAGUUCAUCGAGCAUGGAUAUGACCUGUGGGACAGCGCAUCGAUAGAUCCUCUGGAUCAGGAGAUGCUUCAGUCCCGCCAGAUCCAAAUCGAGAACAAAUAUGUGGACGUUCAGUGGGUGCUGAAAUGCGAAUGCGGACCAAAGAGCAAAAGUUGUCGCUCCACAAGGAAGGCACCUGAACCACCGGUAGCGAAUGGCAACCAUAGAAAUGCUAACAACCGUGAGGUCGCAGGUGCAAGCCAAAGCCCAGGACCCCCGGCGGUAGUAGCAAUCAGCAAUUCAAUCGACGACGACGACGACGAGAACAAGGAUAACGAUGAGAUGGGCUCGUCGUCGCAGAGCAAACAUCAGAAACAGCAUCAACAUCAUCACCAUCACCACCACUAUCGUCAGCAUCAUCACCGGCAGCGGAAACCCAACCAGCGUCACAACGAUGGUGGCGAACUUUUGAAACGGGUUCAUCGAACAUAAUAAAUUGACCCUUAGCACCAACCCUGGCCAUACCGGAUUUUCCCCCUCCGUGGCCCUCAUCAGUUGGACUCGUCACAGCUCGAUGGAGACACGCACAUGUACGGGAGGGUAUCGGAGAAGGAAGCCGACCAGCGUGGGUGGUUUCACAGGAAAUCUGACCAACAACGGAAUGAGCUAUGUUUAUUGGGAUGGCGAAUGUGAGUGCGAUACAUCCGGUCGGCCUCGGCACCGGAGAGUUGUGAAUGAGAAGUAUUGCGCGCGGGUUGCACUAGUUUACAGCAUUUUUGAACUCAGUAAGCUGGAUAACACUUCCGGGGACGAUGUUUGCGCUAAUGAAAGGAAAUGCGGUCUGAAUUAAUUAUUUUGAUAUUUGUUGACCAUUAGGUAUUAAAAGUUUCACUUAAAAGCAAAUAUUUUCAGUUAUGCAUCUGUGUUUGUACAUUUUUGAACUGAAGCCACCUGGAGUAGAAAGAUCGUUAGAACAUCGGAGAAACAUUUUUUACUUACUAAAGUAAUUUUGAUAGCUUCUCAAGUAAUUGGCUUUACUUACUGUCGCUUCUCCACUCAGAGCGACAUUUCUUCCUUUUUCAAUCCAGAAGAUAUUAAAUUGCACUUAUAUAUGAGCACCAGUCCAGUCAAAUGAAUUGAUAAAUGAAAGAUUGUACUUUUUGAAUAUUUUUCAAACACAUCUGUACGUAAUUACGCAACGCUUGUAAUUCACUCACAAAUUAGAACAGGAAUAGUUUUUAGCCUACAUAUUAUGAUACAAUUCAACAAAAACAAAAAAUCUCGUAAAUUUAAAAACCCAUUUGACCGCAUUUCUGGAUUUUGCCUAAAACAUGGUCUGGAAUCUUAGCAGGAACACUGAGGUUCACGACUUUCGUUUUAUUUUGUGACUUAGUGUUGUCGAUAGCGUUAACGCCGAAUGGCGAAAUCGAGCAAAUCAGAAUUUAUUUCACGUUGUGGCGGUAGAAAACAUACAACACACAAUUUGAUUAGAUUUUCCGGAACAACCGGGUACGUACGGUGGAAAGGACGCAAAACAAAAUACACAUCACUGAAGUGACUUAUAAACCUAUACAUAUUGUGAAGGAUAUUCGUGUCCGAAAAAUGAUUAAAUAAAGAAAGAGCUAGCCAAUUGUG